AUGGCUUCAGCGAUAGUGUCAUGGGUCUGGAGAGAGCGCUUCUGGUUCCCUGAUAACGUGACAUGGGCUGACCUGGAGUCCGGAGUGGACUAUCCUCAGGCGGGACACUUGCUGUAUGCGUUACCUCUGGCUCUGGUGUUGUUCAUACUCAGGCUGUUAUUUGAAAGGCUUGUGGCCAAACCCUGUGCCAACAUACUUCAUAUACAGACAGGAGAGCGACGGCGCGCGCAGCCCAAUCCCCUCCUUGAGAAAGUCUUCAAGUCUAAAACGAGUCCAGACCACAGUCACCUGGAGCAGCUGGCCACAGAGCUGAAGUGGGAAGUCCGCAGAGUCCAGAGAUGGUUCCGACUACGCAGAGACCAAAACCGACCCACGACAGAGACAAAGUUCUGUGAGAGCAUGUGGCGAUUCACAUUUUAUGGAGGAAUAUUUGUUUAUACCGUCUACUACAUGUGGGAUUCACCGUGGAUGUGGAACACUAGACAUUGCUGGACUAAUUAUCCAUUCCAGCCCAUGAUUCAGGGCCAGUACAUCCACUACUUCGCUGAGUUUGCGUUCUAUUGGUCUCUGAUGUUUUCUCAGUUCAUUGACAUAAAACGAAAGGAUUUCCUCAUUAUGUUCAUCCACCACUUUGCCACUCUUCUCCUCAUCACGUUUUCCUACGGCAACAACAUGCUGCGAGCGGGAGCGCUGGUGAUGUGUGUGCACGACGCCUCUGACAUUUUUCUAGAGGCGGCUAAACUGGCCAACUACGCCAAGUACCAGCGUCUGUGUGACAUUCUGUUUGUCCUGUUCACCCUGGUGUUUUUCAUCACACGACUCAUCAUCUUCCCUUUUUGGGUGAUACACAGCGUGCUGAUUGAGAGCUGGGAGAUCGUUGGCCCAUAUCAGGCUUGGUGGCUUCUCAACUCCCUGCUCCUGGUCCUACAAGUCCUUCACAUUUACUGGUUUUAUCUCAUCACUCGCAUCGCUGUCAAGUCUAUAUUCAAAGGAAGGGUGUCCAAAGAUGACCGGAGCGACAUCGAAAGCAGCUCGGAAGAUGAAGAAAUUAACUCCAACUGCAAUAAAAAAUCUGUAUGA